GGGGAGGGGCGGGAUGAGAGGGUCAUGUGACCAGAGCUCUUGUGUUGGCUCCAGGUUUGACGUGGUCGCUGACCAACACGAGGUUUUUUGCUGAACAAUGAGUCCAAACCUAGUUGAGCUGUGAACAAUGCAGGAGCUUAAGAAUGAGCCGAGCAUUAGCAAUUCACCAACUCAACUCAACAAUAAGCCAAGCACUAGCAGUUAGCAUAGCAUCAAGUCAAAAACUCAGCAAGCAAUUAGCAUUAGCCAUUAGCAAGCAUCAAGUUAGCAUGACUGGUGGGCUCAACACAGCCGUCUCCUUCUGAUGACAUCACUCUCUGGGUCGGUCCCGUCAGGUCCAGGGGGAGGGGCUGCGGAAAGGUCCCCACAAGGACAGGGAGAGAGAGAGAGACCAGCACGUGUGUCUGGUUUACCCUUUGACUCACAUGAAUUAUUUACUGCCGUAAUGAGGACCGGUCUCCCGGGAGGAUGACAUCACCGACAGCUAGUCAUGUGACCAGUUCUCAGAUCACAACUGGACCGAUGUGAGCGAGCGAGCGAGCGAGCGAGGGAGGGGGGGUGUGAUCAGCAGAUGGAGAGAGAGAGAGUGGCGUCUGCUGAGCAGCUCACACACACACACACACGCAGGGCGCGGCGCUCUGAUGCGGCAACCAUGAUGGCGCAGCCGUGUGUCAGCUCCUCACCGGGGCUGCGUCGCCGUAGCGACGGCUCAGUCAGAGAGUCUCUCUUCUUCCCUGUGUAUGAACGCAACGAGCAGGAGCGGCUGGAGGCCCUGGUGCGCCGGAGAGCCGGGCCGGCGGAGGCCCGGGACCAGCUGGACAACAGGCCCAAACGCUGGACCUGGGGAGGACCGCCCGACGGAACAGAGGGUGACCCCCCGAGCUCGGCCUGCCGCGCCAUUGGCUCCCGUCCGACCAAUGAGCCGCCGGCCGCCGCCGGUGGCCGGGCCUCGCACCACGUCGGUGACUUCCUGUCUCCGCCCACCUCUGACCAGCCAAUCACCAAGCAGCUGUCCAGCUCGUCCGCCGCCCUGCACUCACCUGAGCGAGGAUCCACGCGCCGAGCGGCUUCUCCCAACAACAACACCAACCACAGGAGCAGGAGGAACCUGUCCAACCGCCGCAGCGUCGCCGGCUUCCCGGAGGACCCCAGCAGAGUCAAGACCCCCACGGGAGAGCUUCCAAACACACCUGUGCGCAGCUCCUCCUUCAGGGCCCACAGCAGGGGACCCAGCACGCCCAAACGCGUGAAGUCGAAUCGCAGCCGGGCCCAGUCGCCCUGCUCACCGGGCCAGUUCCCUCCCUCGCCACGGCACCGGGCCACGACGCCUGACGACAGGGCUCACGGCGCCGCCCUGGAGAAGAGGAUCCCCAAGUCUACCAGCCGGGAUCUGGGCGCCGAGUCUCCGGGGACGGCGGCGGGCCGCAGCGUGGGCGGGACCACCGACGCGGAGGAGGCGUCCCGGCUGCUGGCGGAGAGACGGCGUCUGGCUCGGAUCCAGAAGGAGCAGGAGGAGAGCCGGCGGCAGGAGCAGGAGCUGAGGAGGCAGCAGGAGGCCCGGGAGCUGCAGGAGAGCCAGGCACGGCAGGCGCAAGAGGAGCGGCAGAAGAGGGAGGAGCAGCGGCGGAGCAGGGAGGAGGAGGAGCGGCGGCUGAAGGAGCAGCGCUGGAAGGACAUGCAGGAGCAGCUGGAGCGAGAGAGGGAGGAGGCCGUCCUGAGGGGUCAGAAGGAGACGGAGAGGAAGAGGAUGGAGCGGGAGCAGCAGCAGGUGCAGCAGGAGCAGGAGAGGCUGCAGCGCAGAAAGAGGAUCGACGAGAUCAUGAAGAGGACCAGGAGGAGCGAGGCGGAGCCGCCCCCCGCCGCCAUCCUGCUGGGGCCGCUGGACGGCAGGAGCGCUGUGGACGAGCUGUCGGACGGGGUCCAGUCCAUGGACGUCAGCCCAGUGUCCCGGGACGAGCAAGCCAGCGGGCAGGACUUCUCCCCGCUCACCGAGGGGGGCUACCCUCUGCUCAUGGACCUGGACCAGGGCCGCGCCCAGACCUCCCCGUACCCCAGGCUGGGCGACCUGAACGAGAACCUGCUGAUCCAGAUGAGCCAGGUGGACGCCUGAGUCCCGCACAGGUCCUCGCCGAGCCUCCACCUGCUGACUCAUCGCCCCCGCUGACUCCUGGGACCGGGUCACUCCCAGGACCAGCCCGAGACUCCUCACCCUUUCGAUGUCACGUGCCGCAGCCCCAGAUCUCCGGUCCUGCCGCGGGUCCCGUGCAGGCGACACGCCGUCACAUGAUGUUGAGGUCACGGCCUGAACGGCGCCCCCCGCAGGUGCGCUGGGACUUCACUGUAAAUACCUCACAGACAAGGAUCGGCUCUGCAGCGCCCCCUCCUCACGUAUCACCCACUCACUGCUGCCCCCUGCAGGCCGAUCACAUCACCCGGGGUCCAGACUCGGUGUCGCACGUCAGCACCAGAGGCUGGACCUGGGUCUGAGCUCCAACUUCACUUCCCCUGUCUGUCCCCCCCCCCGCACCUGUUCAUAGCGGAGCCCCGUCGGCCUGCGUCUGGCCCGCGGGCCCCCUGGCUGUAGAAGUGUAUCUCUCUGAGUAAAGGCCUUUAACUGUGUCCUGUGUGCUGCGCGCGUCUCUCCAGGCCCAUGAGACCUCUGAGGCCUCUCUUCAGCACCGGCCGGACUGAACUCUCUCUGCUGGACCUGCUGGUGCUGCUGAGGGGAGGCGGCCUGUUGAGCCGCUGGCGCUGGAGUCCAUCAUUGUAGAUGUCUGUGCAUGAAGCUGCUGAGAAACCACAAUAAAAUUCUUCAAGCUGU